CAUUAACUAGGAUCAAGCGCCCUACGACUCGGAUGAUAUAUAAUAAGAAUGAGUCCAAACCCUUCUUUUUCUCUCAUUACUUACCAGCUUCCUUGAGUCGUGUCGGCUGCGCCGCAAACUCUUUAUUAACCUUCAGGUUUCCACUCACUUCCUAACACACUCGUUUCACUCAUGGUGUCACCAGCAAUGCUCGUGCACUUUCCACUCAUUUUUCUUUCUUUUGUCGCUCUUUCCCUAGCUUCUCCCUUGAGGACUGGCAGACACAUAAACCAUUUCAACCACCACAAUUCUGCUGUGCAGCCUGUACUUCUCCUCAAUUCGUCUGCUGGACCAUCGUCCAGCGUGACACCUGCAAGUUCUUCUUCUUUUCCAGCAACUAUGACAACGACUUCCCAGGCACCCGCUGGUACAAGCUCUCCUUCUGUAUCAUCGAAAUAUGUUAUUGCACACUUCAUGGUCGGAAAUUCAUACCCCUAUACUGUGGAUAAUUGGCUUGCGGAUAUCUUUCUUGCGCAUUCCAGCGGAAUCGACGGUUUUGCUUUGAACGUAGGAGUGGAUUCUUGGCAGCCUUCACAGGUGGCCAAUGCCUAUCAAGCCGCUCUCCAAUCUGGAUCUGGUUUCAAGCUCUUCAUGUCCUUUGAUAUGUCUUCUUUGCCUUGUACCACAGCUUCCGACGCUGCAAAUCUUCGUACUUAUAUAACAACCUAUGCCACACACCCCAAUCAACUGCUUUACAAUGGCCGCGUUAUGGCCUCAACCUUCUCUGGCGAAACUUGCACUUUCGGACAGGGAUCCGUCGCUUCUGGAUGGUCUACUCAAUUCGUGCAACAGUUGACAGGAUCUUCCGCAGUUCAUUUUGUGCCAUCAUUUUUCGUCGAUCCAUCACAGUUCAAUUCCUACAGUGGGGUGAUUGAUGGCAUGUUCAAUUGGAAUUCCGGAUGGCCAAUUCAAGUUACGACUUCAUAUGUAUCGUCCAUACCUGGUCUGCUCGGAGACAUCGCGAGUGGUCUAUCCUCCACCGUCAACUCUGUAUUGUCUAAUGUCAUCGGGUCAACGACUCCAGAUGAUACAUACAUCUCGAGCUUGGCUGCAAUGGGCGGUGGUAAAACGUACAUGGCAGCUGUGUCUCCGUGGUUUUUCACCCAUUAUGGCCCGUCAACUUACAACAAAAACUGGAUUUAUCUCAGCGAUGAUCACUUGUACGCUACUCGGUGGGAGUCAUUGAUCAAGAUCCGCGACCAGGUAGAUUUCGUACAAAUCAUUUCUUGGAAUGAUUUCGGAGAGUCGCAUUACAUUGGUCCGAUAGAGGGCGCCCAACCCAUGAGUCAAGCAUGGGUUGAUGGCAAUGAUCACACUGGCUGGCUCAAUCUUACGUCUUAUUACGCCUCAGCCUUCAAGACAGGAUCAUACCCCACUCCGGCCAAAGACCAGCUCAUAAUGUGGUCGCGUCCACAUGCUGCCUCGGCUUCUGCGUCAAACGACCCAGUUGGAAAACCAACCAAUUACCAGAUUACUUCAGACAAUGUCUGGGCCGUGGUUCUGGCGACCUCCCCUGCCACAGUCGUACUCUCGACCUCGUCUAGUCAAUCACAAACUUUCAACGUCCCGGCUGGCGUUUCUAAGUUAGCUGUACCCAUACAACCCGGCGGGACUAUGUCUGGCACACUAACCCGAGGAGGGCAGACCGUCAUUGAUCUGCAGGCAACAGACUUCACUUUUGAGGCUAACCCGACGACAUAUAACUUUAAUGUCCUCGUUGUUGCCUCUCCUUAGUCUCAUGUUCAGCAUUCGCUAUUCUCGACAAAUUUUCGGUUGUGAUUCAAAUAUACCAUCUAUAGGAUUACAUUUUCGCGCUUGAGUGCAUUGUAUCUAUAUAUCUUCUGCUAGUUACCAUGUACGCUGGUGUACAGCAUACUUACCUUGCAAGCAAGGGUUCUCUUUCUCAUGAUACAAUCAAUUUGCAGUGCAA